UUUCACUCUCAGAGCCCUCCAUCUAUAUAGAGAGCUGUAAGAGAGAAUAUAAAAAAGGGAAAGCUAGCUGAGGAUCGUUUGAUUUUGGGCAUUUUGAUCAAAUGGCUGGAAAUAAUUUUGUAAUAGAGGUAGAGAAAGGUAAAGACGCCAGCGAUGGACAGCCGUCGAUCGGUCCUGUUUAUCGCAGUUCUUUUGCUGCUAAUGGAUUCCCUGCUCCGAUUCCUGGAAUGGAGAGUUGCUGGGACAUUUUCCGUAUGUCAGUUGAGAAAUAUCCUGACAACCGUAUGCUUGGUCGCCGACAGAUUGUGGAUGGGAAAGCUGGAAAAUACGUGUGGCAAACUUACAGAGAAGUUUAUGACAUUGUAAUAAAAGUUGGGAAUUCCAUCCGAAGUUGUGAUGUUGUGGAAGGAGGAAAGUGUGGUAUUUAUGGUGCCAAUUGCCCAGAAUGGAUAAUUAGCAUGGAGGCCUGCAACGCUCAUGGACUCUAUUGUGUUCCUUUAUAUGACACUUUGGGUGCCGGUGCUGUGGAGUUUAUCAUAUGCCAUGCAGAAAUUUCUAUUGCUUUUGUAGAGGAAAAGAAGAUUAAUGAGCUGUUCAAAACAUUUCCAGCCUCAACAGAACACUUGAAAACAAUUGUUAGCUUCGGGAAGGUAACACCUGAGCAGAAGGCAGAAGCUGAGAAGCAUGAUUUGAAGAUAUAUCCUUGGGAGGAAUUUUUGCAACUGGGAGAAAAUAAGAAUUAUGGUCUUCCGGUGAAGAAGAAAACUGAUAUCUGCACGAUAAUGUAUACUAGUGGAACAACUGGUGAUCCAAAGGGAGUAUUGAUUUCAAAUGAUAGUAUUGUUACUCUUAUAGCAGGGGUGAAACGCCUGCUGGGGAGUGUAAAUGAACAGUUGACUAUGAAGGAUGUAUAUAUUUCUUAUCUUCCUCUUGCUCAUAUCUUUGACCGGGUGAUUGAGGAAUUAUUUAUUUCGCAUGGUGCUUCAAUAGGAUUUUGGCGUGGGGAUGUGAAACUAUUGGUCGAAGAUAUUGGAGAGCUAAAGCCAAGUAUCUUCUGUGCUGUUCCUCGUGUCUUAGAUAGAAUUUAUUCAGGUUUACUACAGAAGAUUUCUGCGGGUGGCUUAUUGAAAAAGAAGAUGUUUGAUUUAGCAUACACAUACAAAUACUACAACAUGAAGAAGGGCCGCAAACAUGGAGAAGCAUCUCCAAUUUGUGACAAAAUUGUAUUUAGUAAGGUAAAGCAAGGAUUGGGAGGGAAUGUGCGGCUUAUUCUAUCUGGUGCAGCACCUCUUUCAACUCACGUGGAAGAGUUCUUGCGAGUUGUGGCAUGUUGUCAUGUUCUGCAAGGAUAUGGUCUGACGGAGAGUUGUGCGGGGAGUUUUGUCUCUUUACCUAAUGAAUUGUCAAUGCUUGGUACUGUGGGGCCUCCAGUACCAAACAUAGAUGUACGCCUGGAAUCUGUUCCCGAAAUGAAUUAUGAUGCCCUUGCUAGCACACCACGGGGGGAAAUUUGUAUCAAAGGAAAUACAUUAUUCUCAGGAUACUACAAACGUGAAGACCUCACCCGUGAAGUAUUGAUUGAUGGAUGGUUCCACACAGGGGAUAUUGGUGAGUGGCAACCUAACGGAAGCAUGAAGAUUAUUGAUCGGAAGAAGAACAUUUUUAAGCUUUCACAAGGUGAAUAUGUUGCUGUUGAGAACCUGGAGAACAUUUACAGUCUCGUGUCAGCUAUUGAUUCGAUAUGGAUUUACGGAAACAGCUUUGAGUCGUUCCUUGUUGCGGUUGUUAACCCCAAUAAGGAAGCACUUGAAAGCUGGGCUGCUGACAAUAACGUAAGUGGUGACUUCGAGUCCCUCUGUAAAAACCCCAAGGCCAAAGAGUUCAUACUUGGGGAGCUCGCAAAGACUGGCAAAGAGAAAAAGCUGAAAGGUUUUGAAAUCAUAAAAGCUGUCCAUCUUGACCCAAUGCCAUUCGACAUGGAACGAGACCUUCUCACUCCAACAUAUAAGAAGAAGAGGCCUCAGUUGCUUAAAUAUUAUCAGAGUGUAAUCGAUGAGAUGUACAAGAGUGCAAACAAACCAAAUGCUUGAUAAAAUGCUUCCAAAGGCGUCGGUGAUAUGUUAGAUGAUAUGGGGUUAAAACUUGUGUAUUCUUUGGUAGUUUGGACUGUACAUGUAGUUCCUUCAUCAUCAGAAUUUGUUUACCAAAAACCAAAUUCCCUUUGAUACAACUUUGGGAAUAAUAUUACUUGGUAAGUUGUUUGAUGACCCAAAUGUUAAAGUUCCAAAAUUACUUAUGAUCCGGUUUUCAAGACAA